AUGGGAAAUCAGAAAAUGAAGUUGACAUUGGUCUUUUGUAUUGAUGAGGACGAAGGGUUCUUCUUGAUCAUCAGAUGGCAGUGUGAAGAAGACUCAGUCAUAUUUAUUGAAUUGUCUACAUUAGCAGCUGAGUGCUCUGCAACGUUUACAUACAUAUCGCCCUCUUAUCUGCCUCUUUUUCUUCUUCCUUUUGUUCUUGAUGAGGCUAAAUUGUUGCAGAACUCAAUGGCUUCCAUCUCUGGUUCUUCUGCUUCAUCCUUUUCCAAAGAUAACACUAUGAGAUUAGACAUUGAGUCUGUGAGUGCACUUGCCACUACAAUCAAUCAGCACAUAAAUGCAUUACUUGCAAAUAAUAAGGCAUGGAUGUCUUUGAAAUUCAAAUGCACUUCCAAGCUUAAGAUUCAGAAGCAACCAACUUUUGAAUUCUCAGAGUAUUCGAUAGUAUCAAAUCUGUAUUGGGGUAUUGAGGCUAUUGAUGCGGCAACUCGAGCAAAAGGGGAAGAAGAGAGAACCUCGAGGCUGCAGAAUUCAGAGAAAAUGCUUCAAGUUCCUGCUUCACUCCAUGAGCAAGGAUUUACAUCUGGAAUUCCCAAUGAAUAUUUGAUCUGUUGCUCCUACUUUUACCUAUCAGUUGUCCGGAAGCUCCAAAAAGAUGAUUGGCAGGCUGCAUUACACUUUCUUCAAGCUCUUCUUGUUUCCCCUAGGCUUGUCCGUGAUGAAUUCGCGCCAGAGCUUUGCCAAAGUAUCAUGCAUAUGUACAUCAGGCAUAAAAGGCAGGAAAGACCUGGGAGUAGGUUAUCAAAAUCAGCCACUGUCAUAGAUCUUGAUGAGGAUCAGGCCAAUGAAAUUAUGGGAUGGAUGGCUAAGGAAUAUAAAGCCUGGUUGUUAUAUUACCAGAUCAUGUCUAAUGGUGAGCAUGAUCCAAAGCACCUUGCAAGCAUAGACAAUGCUGUCCCAGACGACAAAUCAAAGUACAUAAUGGAACCAGUUUUCAGAAGUGCCAAUGGGAAAAGCCAAGGGAGCAAUCUUAGGGGCUGUUACGCAGAAACCAUGAGAAGCUCGAGUAAGAAAUGCUUAAAAGAUAUCCUAACUGAAUCACAGUCUGAUACUCCAAUUUCCAUGGAGUCAUGCAACAGCAGUUCAACAGAAGAAACGUUUCCUGAGGGAAACCAGAGAGGCUCGGCAUUCUCACUGAAAAUCAGAAAGAAAAAUGCAGACGACCAGCAAGCUGAAGUUGAUGAUCAGAACUUGCAAGCUUCUUGCUACAAGCAGCAUGCAGAAAUUACAGCAUGUACGCCCCAGCAUUCUACACAUCUAAUGCGUAGAGAUGGCCGAGGAUUGGCUGUUCUCAAUCUCCUUUCUAGAACAUUAUCCAGCUCAUUCAGUGACAUAGAUGUAUCAGCUACAAGACCGAUAGACAAUAAUUCACAUGUCCCUGUACAUGGAAAAAGAAAAAAAGAUGCUGCUCAAGGCAAAUUCGAGUUACAAGAUUGGCGACAAUCUAGUUUUAAAGAGUUGGCAACUCCUCCAAGGGGUCAUCAGUUCCACCAACUGCAUCGUACAAGAAGUUUAGUUUCUGAUACGGGAAUGAAAAGCACAACUUUUGGUGAUACUUUACAUCAACUUCAAAAAUAUCCUGAAGAAACCUCUCAUAUCGAGCAGGCCCAAAUACUAGAAAGGCUAAUUUCAAAGCUUUGCUUCUCCGAAACACUGGGAAAUCUUGAGGAAGAUUAUACAGUUGAAAUUUCAACGGUAUACAAAUUGUUGAACAAUAGAAGAGGUUUGAAGUAUUCCCUACUGAAGGACAUCAUUUUGGAUCAACUGCUAAUGGCUAUUUCAACCUCCAAAAAGGAGCAGGUGAUCAGAGCUUCAGUGACUAUACUGUCAACAAUAGUUUCGGGGAACAAAACAAUUAUUGAAGACAUCAAGCGCAAGGGUUUGCAGUUGUAUGAUUUGGCAACUGCUCUUAGAAGAAAUGUGCAUGAGGCAUCUAUCUUAAUCUAUUUGAUAAAUCCUCCACCUGAAGAAAUCAAGACAUUAGGAAUUUUACCUUGUUUAGUGGAGGUCGUCUGCACUUCUAACAGCUACAAGGAUGCUAUAACAUCAAUUCGGCUGACACCUCGGGCAGCAUCACUGAUGAUUAUUGAAAUACUUGUGACUGCAUUUGACUAUACAACAAAUAACAUGCACCUGUCCACUAUCAGCUCACCUAGAGUACUUUCUGGGCUCCUUGAUGUCCCAGGAAACAAUAACCUUGAAGAGUUCAUCUCUUUGGCUGCUAUCCUUGUAAGAUGCAUGCGUUAUGAUGCACACUGCAGAAAGUUCAUAUGCGAGUUCGCUCCAAUUACUGAACUUUUCUCUCUCCUACGAAGCAAUCAGAAACGAGCAACAUCAACUGCCCUGGAAUUUUUUCAUGAACUGCUUCGCAUGCCAAGGUCAUCAGCAAUUAAAUUGCUGCAAGAGAUAAGAAAAGACGGAAGCAUCAACAGCAUGAGUGCAUUGCUACUUCUCAUCCAGAAUUCUCAACCUGAGCAUAGACUCUUAGCAGCAAGUUUGUUACUCCAAUUAGACUUGCUGGAAGAAGCAUCUAGCAAGCUCAUGUACCGAGAAGAAGCCAUGAAGGAACUUCUUGAAUCACUGAUAUCUGAGGAGAACUCUGCAAAACAAGCAUUAUCAGCAUUCAUCCUAUCAAAUAUAGGCGGAACUUAUUCUUGGACUGGAGAACCAUACACAGUGGCGUGGUUGGCAAAAAGGGCUGGUUUAACCUCACUACAUCACAAGAACAUGAUAAAGAAUUAUGACUUCUCAGAUGAAAGUUUGCAGGAUGCUGGCAUUGACGCAUGGUGCAGCAAACUUGCAAGACGCAUUAUGAAGUUUGGCGCUCCUGUCUUCCAUGAUCUGGUGAAGGGACUUGACAGUAAGUCAAAGAGGAUUUCUCGAGACUGUCUCACAGCUAUUGCAUGGAUUGGAUGUGAAGUUGCAAAAAGUUCUGAUGAGUUGCGAUCCAGUGCAUGUGAGAUCUUGUUGAACAAAAUGGAGCAAUAUGUGCAUCCUGGAUUUGAACUCGAGGAAAGACUAUUGGCAUGUCUAUGCAUCUACAACUAUACUUUGGGUAGAGGGAUGAAGAAGCUGAUACAUUUUUCAGAAGGAGUGCGAGAAUCACUGAGACGCCUUGCAAAUGUCACCUGGAUGGCAGAGGAAUUACUAAGAGUAGCUGACUAUUUCCAACCUAAUAAGUGGCGAAUAUCUUGUGUUCAUACUCAAACUUUGGAGGUUGGUCAUGGUCGUAAUGGAGCUGUAACAGCUCUCAUAUACUACAGGGGACAGAUUUGCAGUGGAUAUGCAGAUGGUUCAAUUAAGGUAUGGGACAUUAAGGGACAGACUGCAACACUAGCACAGGACAUGAAAAAUCACAAUAAGGCAGUAACAUGCUUUGCUCUUCUUGAACAAGGGAAUUGCCUGCUGAGCGGAUCUGCAGACAAAUCAAUUAAGAUUUGGCAAAUGGUCCAAAGAAAUCUUGAAUGCAUAGAAAUAAUAGCAACCAAGGAAUCAAUUCAAAGUAUUGAUACUUUUGGGCAAUUAAUUUUCACAAUUAGCCGAGGUCAUAAAAUGAAGGUUUUUGAUGCCUCAAGAAAUGCAAAAGACAUUUUCAAGAAUAAAAGUGUAAAGGCCAUGACGGUUGUACACGGGAAGGUAUACGCGGGGUGUGUAGAUUCAAGCAUACAGGAAUUGGCCAUAACAAACAGCAGAGAACAAGAGAUUAGAGCACCAGCAAAGAAGUGGCUGAUGCAGAAUAAGCCAGUCAACACGCUAGCUGUUUACAAGGACUGGCUAUAUGGUGGAAGUGUAGUAGUUGAAGGUUCUACAAUAAAGGAUUGGAGACGCAACAUUAAGCCCCAAGUAUCAGUGAUGUCUGAGAAAGGUGCAAAUGUGCUCGCUAUGGAAGUAGUAGAGGAUUUCAUAUACUUGAAUACCGCUGCGUCAAGAAGCAGUCUUCAGAUCUGGUUGAGAGGAACACUACACAAAGUUGGAAGAUUAUCAGCUGGCAGCAAAAUAACGAGCCUACUUUCCGCCAAUGACAUGAUUCUUUGUGGUACUGAGACAGGACUCAUCAAGGGCUGGAUUCCACUGUAACAGAAGACGGACAUGACCCCAGAUAUGGGUCGACUCAAAUGCUUAGAAUCAGUUUGGAGCCAUAUUCCCCAUGUAAAAAGUUUAUAUAUAUAUAUAGAGAGAGAGAGAGAGAGAGAGAGCAAAGAAUGUAACUAGAAAACAAGAACAUCAUACGAUAAAAUCACUGUAUAUCAUCAAAAAUUGUGUACGCCUGGCAUGUAAAUUAGUGGAAAAUCUGAUAUUUGUUUGCAUAAUUCAAUUGGGGCACAACAUUUUGCACGAA